AUGGAUCCAUAUCCCCUCGUUAGUGAUUGUCUUAUACAUAUUUUUACAUUUCUGACCGAAGACGAUUUAAUCAGCGCUUCGAGCGUGUGUAAGAACUGGCACGAAGCUGCAGAGACUCCCUGGUUAUGGAGGAGGAUGUGUCUGCAGCGCUGGAGUUUCUGCAGCCUCGCUGCCUUGGGGAGUGAAGAGUCAUGGAAAAGAUACUUCCUGCGACGCGCCCAGCUGGAGCUGAAAAUGACCAGAGGUCAGUGCGGAGGUUACACCUGCAAAAGCCUACGAGGACACUCAGGCAGGGUGGUGGGUUUGGCGUACCUGCAGGGGAACUCAAGCCAGUGUCCUAAUGUCUGGAGCAGCAGCGCCAUCGUCUGCAGCGCUUCUUCUGAUGGUACCGUUCGAGCGUGGAACGUCCAAAAAGGUGAGCUGGUGUGGUGCAGUCCUGUGCAGGGUCCUUUAACAGGGAUUGUGGUGGAUGAGAAGCAGGAGGUUGUGGUCACUUCAGACUCUACCGGCCUCAUCAAGACGUGGCAGGGCUCCACCGGCCUGGAGUUGGCCUCCUUUUCUGUGGCUGCCUCUCACUGUACGUUACUGCAGUACAACAUCAACACUGACUGGUUCCUGACUGUUGGAACUGCUCAGGGAUCAGUGUGCACAUUAGCCGAUUCCACUUUGACUAAAAAGUCCAGUUUGAUGAUGUUUGACAGCUUCAACGUCAACGUGCUUCUAGUUUCACCGGACAGGAAAUGGAUCUUAGCUGGAACCAAGGAGAAUGAUGAUUUAAGUCCAAAGGUGAUCUACAGCGAGAGUUUGACCUCUCCGCUCGAAGACGAAGACCCUCUGAGUCAGUCCGUGCCGGUCUCUGGAUGCCAGGCGGCUGUCUUCAUACCCACCCAGCCUGCCAGACUGGCUGUCAUCCACCACACCGGGCACAGGGGCAACAAAGCCCUCACUGUCUGCGAUGUGAGCAUAAAGAAGACGAAGUACAAGACAGAGAUCCAGGUCCAGCAGGUGGAGUCCUUCCCUUUGACGCUGAACGACUCCUCAGGAAUCCUUCUGGAGGCCAGGAGCAGCAACUGCAUGGUGCUGUCAGCUGGGUGUCAGCUGUGGGUGUACUCGCUGAAAGGAGCCCUGCUUGCUAGUUUUCAAGAUCACACGGAGCCCAUCUCUUCAAUUUGUGUGGGCUGUUUCUGUGUGGUGACAGCAUCUCGGGAUCUCUCGUUACGAGUGCUGACGUGGAGGAGCGACAGAGAUCAAGGACUGACCCUGGAGAGUCGGUAUCACUUACUGGGAGGCUCUCACUCGAUGUCCAGAGGGUUCACUCACGUCGCCUGUGACUACUCUAGCAUUGUGGCCUCCGUGGAGGGGAAUGAUGGAAAAGACGUCCUGAAGGCGUACUCAUUCACAUCUUGAUUGUCAUGGCCCUACGGACAUGGUAUCAACUAGUUUACA